GCUUAACGCGUUUCGCUUGUUUUGAAGUUGGGAGUGUGCAGCGCUUCUGUGCGUCCGCUAAAGACAAACAAACUGUUGCCUUACGUCCGCGCGUGAAGACACGGCGGGAAAGCGCCUUUUCCAGCUGGGUUUGACAACUUUUCGCGUGGGAGGAAUAUGGAUGUUAUUCCCAUGUGUAGUAUUUUCCAGGAGCUACAGAGUGUCCUUGACACGGGAUACCUGUCCGCAGUACCAUCUCUAGAGGAGUAUUGGCAACAGACUUGUCUUGAGCUUGAGCGCUAUCUACAAAAUGAGCCCUAUGUCUCUGCAGCUGAUCUGAGAUCAGUUUGUGAGUCUGACAAUCUGUGGAACCAGUUUCUGCGCUGCUGUGAGACUGAACCGAACUCGUCCCCGCCGGAAGCUCCCAUCCCCAAGCAGGACGGGAUCGCUACGGCUUCCCGUUCACUAUUCAGCAGCUGUAAGAAGAUCAUUACAUCUGCUAAAGUGCUCACACACACACUGGAUCACAGCGUAUCUGAGCAGCAGCAUGUAAUCACACACACACCCCCGACGCCGCCCUCCUCACCCUCACUCCCUCUCAUGGAGGUUAAAGAAGAUGCAGAAGGGGCGAGAGGGGAUGAGGUCAGAGGUGAGGGGUCACCUGAAGGACGAAGGAGAGCUCAUCGCUGUUACUUCAACGGCUGCAGGAAGGUGUACACCAAGAGCUCUCACCUGAAAGCACAUCAACGCACACACACCGGUAAGCAUUUUCUGUGUGAGCGUCUAUAGUUCUACCUGUAUUUUGUUUUACUGUUGCCACAACAGUUUUCUCAGCUUUGGCAAACAAAACUUCUCCCAUUUGGAUCAUGCUGAAAGUCACUCCGGCAAAUCUGCCCUACAAAGCAUAUUUUUAAAAACCACUCUUAAAGCCUUCACAGAAUCAUAAAAGCAUGAACUGAUAGUGCGUAAAUGUUUCCUCUUCACAGUUUCAGUGCAUUAGGGUAAUUAUUAAUAUUAUUUAUAAACUAACAUUCAUAUUUUAUCUUUUUUAACCCCAUAAACCUAUUGUAUCAUAUUUUUAAUACCUAAUAGAAUAUAUAAUAACUCAUAUAUCAUAUGUUUGCAAAUUUCAAAGACCUCUAAAUGAUCAACAUGAUCAAAACGUUGCUGAAAACCUGUUGUCCACAACCUACUACAUGCCUUCUGUCGUCUAAAA